AUGGAGGAUGUGUCAUCCCCGGAGACAGCAUCUCCUGCCGAGUGGGCUCUGCCCUCAUGGAGCCCCGGGGGCUCCUCGCAGCCUCCUCCAGGCCCUAUUCCCCGCCAGGCAAAUCCUCCCGACCUCUCCAAAUCAGAGGGACCGAAUCCUUUCCCUCUGCAGAAAACACUGGAGGUUCCUCAAGCAUUUCCUCGUGUGCCCCAGGGCUGCCAGCUCAGCCCGCCCGAGAACCCACAGGCCCUGGAGAACAAUCAGCAAGGAGGGCAAUCAGUGACCCACACUGGCCCCCCCAUUGUGGUCACCCUGGCCAACACAGCUGUCACCUUCAGCUGCAACAUCACCUACCCAUACACCUCAAAAUUCAAGGACUUCACAGUCAGCUACUAUCACAUAGACCUUCAGGGCCAGAGGAGCGCUGAGGAGCAGACUGCCUGCCGGGCCCACCCAGGCAAGAAGAACCAGACCUACAGCUUGAAGUGCCAGGUCACCCCCAAGCUGCCGGACUCAUCUGCUACUGGCACCUACUACUGCUACGUCCACUGGCCAGACUACGAAGAUAGAAGCAGUGGCCCCUUCAUCCUGGUCAGAGACACAGGGUACCGAGAGCCCCCGCAGAUCCCCCGCAAGCCCCUGCUCAUUGUCUUCACCAGCCUCCUGACUGUCGUGAGUGUCCUGGGCACAGCUCUGCUGUUCUGGAAGAAGAAACAGAUGCAGACUCCGGGAAAGCACAGCCCUGAGAAGCGCCCAGAUCCAAAGUCUGCCAGCAGCCCCAAGCAGCCUCCAGCAGAAUCUGUCUACACAGCCCUGCAGCGCCGGGAGACCGAGGUCUACGCCUGCAUCGAGAGCGAGGACACCAGCCUGCCCUCCACCCAGAGCCCUUUCUCCCAGGAGAAUCCGCAUCAAUUUGAGGAUGACAGUGAAUUUAACCUGGUCUAUGAAAAUCUCUAG